AUGGACGCAUUCGGCGGUGCAGGCAUGGAAUGGCCUCAAUUGGCGGACGGUGGGCAGGAGGACUUUGUCGAGUACCACCUCUUCUCGAAUCAAGCGCUCCAAAAGCAAACUGCCGAUGAGCAAAUUCAAGUGCUGCACAAGUUGAAGCGUGAGUACGAUGAGCUCGUGCAACAGUGGACCAAGGACUACAUCUGGCAGAAGGAGCCCUUCGAGCUCAAGCUCUAUCGGCCAGCGCAAGAGCUGCCUCAUCUGUGGGGCCGCACACGGUUCGGCGAUAGCGUCGACGACGAAUGGUUCAUUGUGUGGCUCCUCUUCCAGCUGUCUCGACACGAUUCAGACCUAGCUGCGAGUGUUACAGACAACGACGGUCAGUUCCUGCUUAUCGAAGCUGCCCUGGUCAUUCCGCGCUGGAUCAAGCCUGAGACCACCAAAAACAGGAUCUGGAUUCACAAAGGCAGCGUACACAUCAUUCCCCUGCCCCGUACGCCGGCAGAACUCACACAGAUCCCAUCGUCGCUUGACGACCUUGCGGUCACCCUUGCCGUCAUCUUCAACUCCAAGAUCAGGACUCUCGCAGACAAACCUGUCCAGGAGGCAAUCGACGCCAAGGUGAGAGAAUACCCGGCAAAGGCGCAUGAGUUCCACUACGCCAGAUGCUGCCUUCCCUGGCAGAUAGCGCGCAUCCUUCUCGAGCGACCUCAGAUGGUCGCUCCUGCGGUGGAAGCCUUCUUCCAUCGCGAUCUCGACGACAUGUUCCUCUGUUCGAAGAUGGAGAAGUUCCCUCCUGGACUGUUCAUUCCUCCUAGCCCGGCUGCAGGCGCGGUCGCCUCACUCACUCUCGACAAACCGGGAAUGGUGAUGACCAUGGUGCGAUUCACAAGAUGUCUCUACGCUAUGCUCGCCUCGCAACGUUUCGAGCCGCCCAAAGUCUUUGCCCCCUACAUCCCCCCGGAGGAGCACCCGGACCAUCACGCCCACGUGCUGGGCAUGAAGCUCGCUUGUGGGUUCGAGAUUCUCUACGACAUCAAACGGAAGAGCAAAGCCGACGAAGCCGCCGCGACCGCGACAUACGACUUUGAGGCGGACCGAGAAUGGAAGGCCUUCCUUCAUACGCUGGAGGGACUCGGUUACUUCCAGAGUGAGGUCAAGGGCUCGCGGGAGUACCAACGGAAGCUGGGUGUGGCCAAGCAGAAGUACCUGGAGGACCGACACCAACAACAGGCAACGGGGAAGCGCGACGAGAAGAGCUCCGCCCAAAAGGGCAGAAGCGAGGAGGACCUGAGCGCCGACGAAGCGAUGCAACGAAUGCUCCAGAAGGAGAUUGACGAAAUCCUCGCACGACCCUUGGACGGGAGCGAAUUCCUCCGGUCUUUGCACGAUUCUAUUCGGCCUGAUGACCGACUAGACUGGAUGACCGUCACGCCUGAGGAGGUGGACGACAUUCUCGCUCGUAAGCAACAGGAGUUCGAUGCCUACGAGGCAAAGGAGAUGAACAAGAAGGUGGAGAAGAAGACCGCGGCCAAAGCGUCGAAGAAGAAGAAGACCAGGGCAGCAGGUGGCGAAGAGGGCGAUGACAAUGUCGACAUGAAGAUGAUGAUGGAGCUCGUCGGCGGCAUGAAGGACUUCAUGGGCAAGGUGUCGAGCUUCGAAGGCGCCGAAUUUCCGAGCAGCGCAGCCGGGGACGAAGCGAUGUCGUUCGACGCCGAUCGAUUCAUGCAGAUCAUGCAGCAGGCGCUGGGUGGGUCGGGCAUGGACCACGGCGAAAUGAGCCUGGACGACGAAGACGAGUCGGAAGAGGAGCCCGACGAGUUCUUUGGCAUGGGCAGCGAUGAGGAUGAAGAGGAAGAAGAGGAAGAGACAGAUCGCAACAGCGCCCAGGCCGACCAACAGAAGAUGCGAAGACUCAUGAGAGAGAUGGAUCUGGAGCUUCAGAAGACGAAGCUUGCCGACGACUUCGAGAAGGCGCCCAGACCCGAGGAAGUCCUCGGCACCGAUACCGCAAGUGCUGGAGAUGGGGGAGAAGAAGAGGAAGAGCUGCGGCCGGUGGACAUCAACCUCAACCUCAUGAAGAACAUCCUCGACUCGAUCGAAGCCCAAUCGGGCAUGGCCGGGCCGGGCACCAACAUCCUCAAGGAACUGCGCGACCUCAGCCUGGGCGGCGGCAAGAAGUGA